AUGAAAGUUAUUUCAUCAAAAUGCUUUAUUUUAUUGACUUUAGCCACUUCAAGCUUGUUAACAUCAAGCAUCUUUUGUACAGAUGAAUUAAUGAUGUCCAAUUUUCACAGCAAAGAAAAUUAUGACAAAUAUUCUGAGCCUAAAGGAGACCCUGAGGGAGAAAAGGAAAGAAGUCUCAGUUUUGAAGAGCUCCAAGACUGGGGUCCAAAAACUGUCAUUAAGAUGAGUGCACCCACAGUCAACAAAAUGCCACACUCAGCUGCCAAUUUGCCAUUGAGAUUUGGGAGGACCAUGGAAGAAGAAAGAAGCACUGGGGCAAUGGCCAACCUGCCCCUGAGAUUUGGAAGAAAUAUAAAGGAAAGUAUCUCAAGACAUGUUCCUAAUCUGCCCCAAAGGUUUGGGAGAACAACGGCCAAAAGCGUCGCCAAGACACGGAGUGAUUUGCUCCAACAAUCCAUGCUUUCACCAUCUGCCAGUGAGUUACUCUACUCCAUGAACUGCCAGCCCCGAGAAAUCCAGAAUCCUGAUCAAAAACACCCAUGGUAA